CACACAACGAGAAGCUAGUGAAGGAAAGCAUGAACCGCAUCGGCAAACUGGAGGAAGCCGUGGCAGAGCUUUCAGCGCGCUUUGCAAACAUGGAAUACAACGUGAAUACAGACGUCGAAAACGUCCGGGCAGAAUUCCAGGAGCAAGUUGCGGCGUUAGAGGAGGAUAUGGAGGAACUGAAAGCAAACUUGGGGAGCGGAAUCGCGAGUAGCGAACAGGCAGAGAAUUCAGGUAGCGCUGCCGUGGACGAGCUGCGAGAGGAGGUCGAACAGCUUCGAGUGCAGCUGUUGCAGGCACUGGAGACGAGUGGGACCAAUGAUUCAGCGAAGUCGUUCUCAGUCGUAGGACACAAGCAACAAACUCCCACCACUGCAGCAACUUCAACUGGUGCUACUCCUCCUGUAAGCACAGAUCAGGAGCCCAGUGGUCUAGAACCUGGUCAGCCUGGUGCUGUUGAAGUUCUUCAAGUACACCGGUCAGAUGUGCAUGGUGAAGUGGGUAUCCUGCGGAGUCAGAUGGCGCAGCUGAAGGGAGUACUCUACGGCUUUCAGUCUCAACUUGUUGAUCUGGAAGCUACUUUUGACAAAAGAAUGCAAACGCUGGCAUUUGAAGUCAGCGAACACCAGGAGCGACUGCGAAUGGACCUCCUCCAGUACAUUAAAGUAGUGGUGAAAAGUGAAGUGGCAAGCAGUAUGGACCACCUGUUGAGACAUGGUGGAGGGGGACAGUCACUGUCCCCUGAGGCAGCUGACCCGCCUACACAAGUAACUGCUUCUCCUGCAGGGGCAGAUGGGCGCGGUCCAGAACAUAAUAUGGAUGUCGAUGCAGGACAACAGCGUCCUGCCUCCGGACAUGAGUUACCCCAGAACACUGCUGCGCAACCGGCGACACCGCCUGGACGCGGAAGUGUGUCAUAUACUGGUGGGAGACUCGACGAGAAAGGAGACACACCAGCAAGCAGUGGGGGCGCAGCUAGCUCCGCAGGAACCCCCCUUGCUGAGCAGGGAAAGCAGGGUGUGGCAAGCCGCUUACGAAAUCGAAUAUCGAGUGCUUUGAACUUCGCGGAGUGAAGUUCAUAGAGCCUCAUGGCGAACCAGCGGAAAUGAAUGCAGGUUUUCCUUCGUUCUUCGUCUUCCAUCGUUUCGAAUGAAUGAGUGAACAUUCAUCUUGAUCACGGGCCAAUAUCGUGCGCCACGACGACCGCGCGAUUGGAGCAACUGCGUAACUGGUACGUCAGUUGCCAAAAAAGCGGAGCAGCAUUUAAGUACAACACUGCGUUUACCGUUGCUGCGAUUCAGCGCAAAUUUUUUGGAUUAUUAUUGAACGAAGGUGCUUUUUUCUGUCAUGAAUCUCCUCCUUGUGAAAUGUAUGAUGAGACUUGUGGCUCACAGCUUCCCGGUGAAAAAUUUGUAUUCGGACUGCACCACUUACACUUUUUUUACAGAAGACGACUAUCUACGUCUCUCUUUCAGAGCAUUCCCAACUACCUGCAAUGAAGCACUGAGCAACCCAGAAAAUUGGUGUACC